AUGGUCUCGUUUGUAUGCGGAAAUUGUCAAGACGUACUAAAAAAGAAUAAAGUAGAUUCUCACUGUAUUGGGAAAUGCCGUAAUGCUUGGGAAUUCACAUGUAUCGAUUGUAAUUCUACAUUCGAGGGCUUUGAUUAUAGAAGUCAUAAUAGUUGCAUUACAGAAGAAGAAAAAUACUGCGGUAAAUUUAAGAAUAGCAAGAAACCAAUUCAUAGUGUAGGAAAAAGUUCUAUAGAUCGAAAGAAGGAGUUUAAAACGCUUAUAGAGAAGAUACUUAGGAAGAACGGCCCCAUGAAUUGGAAGAGCUUAGUUAAUGAAUCAAUUAAAGAAUAUGUGAAUAAUAAUAGAGUGGGUGGUGAUUAUAAUGAAAACAAAAUUCUUAGAUGGGAGUGCCUUGCUUCAAUUCCUAUAUGCUAUACAACGAAGGGAUCAAAUAUGGUGUCAUAUAAAUAA